GAACCUGAAUGUUUGGUUGGCCUAAAUCUGUGGUCUCCAGGUCUGCAGCGAUACCCUUAGAAUCUCAGGAGAGUCUCUCAUUAGCAUACAGAGUGGGUGGGACUGCAGCCAGACACGAGGGAGGGGUUUUCAUACGGUCAUAACAAAACACCUCAGGAAAACCAUUUUUGUGGAAUUCUAGAUUUAAAAAACAAAAGCAACUUUGAUUUGGUAGUUCUUGCACUCGGGCUAAAAAGUGCUUUGGUCAUGAAAACUUAGGAUGUUGAUAACUGACACUUUCUACCCUUUGCAUUGUCAAAGUCCAGCUUCACACUGAUUGAUGGUUUGUGGGGCCACACUUGUUACUUUGAACUGUCACCAUAGAGUUAAAAUACAGAAAAUGAUGUAAUUGUACAUGAUUUGCGAUUGUUUGUGACAUAGCCUGUUCUUGCCAUCAGUCUUCCCACAUGUGGCUGUGGCAGCCUGUCGGGUUGCGUUUACGCCACAUGCAGUUGUCGUACUUUGAUGUCUCCAACUAACUCCUAAUACACUUGAUGGCACACAUUUUCUAUUCUGAGCUGUGCACCAGUGAUGUGACAUUCACGAAUGAAUCAAAUCUUUUGAACAGGUCUUCAAGUGAACAAUGAGAGCCGGAUCCCCGUGGAGAUCUUGUCUUCUAGAACACUACCCACCCUCAACGCACUCUCAUGGCUUUGCUUUGUUCAAAAGGAACAUAUAAAAAGUCUUCAGCCUCCUCACCCUACCCACCUUCCAUUGGACAGAUGAAUGGAAGGACUCCAGAUCCCUCCUCUUCUUUUUGUUCUUCUCCUUUGUUUAUUCACCCACCUCUGUCAUAAUGGAAUAAUUGAUAAUAAUAGAUGCAUACAUGCUGAUGAAGCCAUUAUUUGGCAGUCGACUUUUAGACAGUUGACAAUGGACCGUUGUCACAUAAAGUCAAACUGAUUUUCUCACACACUGGGAAGCACUGAUAUGAUUGACUACCAGAGGUGGGUAGAAGGUUCCACCUCCGUUUGAACUCCAUGUGAUCCUCUGAAUGAGAACUGGGAGAGAGAACAAGGGCCAAAGGAUUGAUUGCUUAAAGACUAAUCGAUACCUUCCCAUGAAAGGUGCCCUGCUCUGAAGACUCCACCACCUACACCUUCACACCUGCAAUGUUUUCUCUCGUUUUUUUCUCUUUACGUUUUUAAUCUUGAUACCUCUACACACAAACACAACUGGUUCUUCUCAACUCGUUUUCUUUUUGACCCCCUUUUCCAACCUCCACAAUUCGCCCGUCCCUCACUAACGUUGUCCUUCCCCCUCGACCCCGCCCCCAGUCAUCCAACUCCUCUGUCCCCUCCUCCCCUCACCACCACCCUCAUCCCCAUCACUACCAACCCCCUCCAGCUUUCUCCACCACCUCUGUCUUGAGCAUGGCAAUGGCUGCCACCGCCUCAGCAUCCUCCUCGUCUCCACCUCUGUCUUCGGCUCCUAAUGGCAGUGCUCGAGAGCACCUUCUGGCGAUGCGCAGGCGCACCCCCCACACCCGGCCUUACACGGUUGGACCUGACAACCUCGGUGGCUUGUCGGUGCCGGGCUCACUUGAAACCUCUGCCUCCGCAUCUUCUGCCUCCUGCUCUGUAACGUUAUCUGGGACCCCGUCAGAAUCACCAGGGGUGGGGCUUCAGCGGGCCAAUAGUGACACGGAUCUGGUGAGCUCCGAAAGCCGUUCGUCGCUUACUGCUUCUACAUACCAGCUGACUUUGGGCCAUGGCCACCUUGUGAUCUCAUGGGAUAUAAAGGAGGAAGUGGAUGCCACGGACUGGAUUGGCCUGUAUCACAUUGAUGAAACGUGUGUUGCCAACGUCUGGGAGUCCAAGAACCGAGGGGUGAAUGGCACCCAGAAAGGGCAGAUCCUGUGGCGACUGGAGCCAGAGCCCUACUUCAUGGAGUCUGAAACAAAGAUCUGUUUUAAGUACUAUCAUGGUGAAACGGGAGCAUUACGAGCAACGACUCCUUGCAUCACUGUCAAGAACCCAGGUGUACCGGUGAGAAGUGAAGGCCAGGUGGAGGACCAGUCAGGGAUAGAACACUGUCGUAAGCUGGUCAGCUUCACGCUGUCAGACAUCAGGGCGGUGGCUUUGAAGAAGGGGAUGUUCUUCAACCCUGACCCCUACUUAAAGAUGUCCAUCCAGCCUGGGAAGAGGAGCAACCUCCCCAAGUUCACUCACCAUGGACAAGAGAGACGCUCCUCCAUCAUCUCCAACACCACUAACCCAGUGUGGCACGGGGAGAAGUACACCUUCGUCGCUCUGAUGACAGACGUGUUGGCGAUUGAGGUGAAGGAUAAGUUUGCCAAGAGUCGACCAAUCAUCAAGCGCUUCCUGGGUCAGCUGAUCAUACCUGUGCAGAGACUCCUGGAGGGGCCGGCAGCUGACAAUCAGUCAGUCAGCUACAGCCUGUGCCGUCGUCUCCCUACGGACAACGUGAGUGGCCAGCUUCAGUUCAGAGUGGACAUCACCUCAUCCGGACACGAAGAGGCCUCCCCAGAUGCUGCUGGGACCAUCCUGGGCAGUGGCGACCCCGGAAGUCCGUCUGAUGAUGAGGAGCUUCCUCACCCCUCCUCGUCAUCUCAUGCCACAUACGGACCAUCUCCCACCGGUUCUGAUGACGGCCCCUUGGCAAUGAAUGGUCUUUGUUGCUAUGGUGAUGACAGUGUGUGGCACGAACCCGGUCAGAUGGUAGACAGCAAUCUACAUCCCGUGGUCCUGGGGGGCCACACUCAUCAACAGGUCUCGCUCAACGAUUACCUGGAUGCCCUUGAAGCUCCCAUGAGUCCCGGGGAGCGACCGUCGAUGGGGCCUUUACCAAAACUCCGCUCCAGCUUUCCGACCGACACGCGGCUCAACGCCAUGCUGCACAUCGACUCAGAUGAGGAUGAAGAUGCGGCCGGGCAGCACAGGGACCAAACUGAUGCGUCGAGAACAGAGCAGAGCACCAACCCUUCUAGAACAGCUCCAGUUGUGUCUGGAGAGCAGAGCGAGGGUCCAACGGAGGAGGCUGGAGCUGAGGCAGGUUCCUCUGCUGGUGCUCAGCCUGCGGAGGCAGAAAAUGGAGGAAUCAAUGAAGCGGAGAGUGGAAGUUCAGUAGCAUCGGUAACCGGGGCUGAGGAGGCUGCUGGAGCAUCAGCCGAGGUGGUGCAGGUCUCUGCGGAUACCUCCACAGCUUCCACCUCACCUCAGGCCUUGGGGGCUCAGGCAGCUGCAGCAGAACCACAAGAGGAGUCUGGUUUGGCAUGUUCCUGUCAGGAGCAGAGCAGCAGGAUGGGGCCCUGCAACCCCCAACCUGGUCCUCUUUCACCCAUUCAGGAGGUUGAUGCAAGGAAGGAACUGGCUCCAAAGGCGGAGGAGGAGGGGGCUGAGUCAUCGAGCAGUGAAGCAAAUGGGCCAGUUGGCGCAUCUGCACCAAUCAGCAGCUCCGCUGGUGGAGGAGAGGCAGGUGUCACAGCGCAGGUCAAUGGUCACCCGUCUGUUAGAUCUCUGCCGUCGGUUCGUCACGACAUCAGUCGCUACCAGAGAGUAGAUGAGCCGCUGCCGCCUAACUGGGAGGCUCGCAUCGACAGCCACGGUCGCAUCUUCUACGUGGACCACGUCAACAGAACCACCACAUGGCAGCGACCCACCGCGCCCCCCGCCCCGCAGACCCUACAGAGGUCCAGCUCCAUACAACAGAUGGAACAGCUGAACCGCAGGUAUCAAAGCAUACGUAGGACGAUAACCAAUGACAACAGACUGGAGGAGCCGCCGGCCACAGAGUUGCCGGGGGACGAGACGGACAUGCACCCCUCUGUUCCAGAACUCCGUAGGGACAACAGUACAACUCAGUCCCCCUCCAGGUCUCGUAUCUCACUCCUGCUCCAGUCCCCCAGCGCCAAGUUCCUCACCAGCUCCGACUUCUUCACUGUGCUGCAUUCCAACCCUAGUGCCUACCGUAUGUUCACCACCAACACGUGUCUGAAACACAUGAUCAGUAAAGUCCAUCGGGACGCGCACCACUUUGAGCGCUACCAGCACAACAGAGACCUGGUGGCUUUCCUCAACAUGUUUGCUAACAAACAGCUGGAACUGCCCAGAGGCUGGGAGAUGAAGCACGACCACAGUGGCAAGGCUUUCUUUGUGGACCAUAACUGCCGCGCCACCACCUUCAUUGACCCCCGGCUGCCUCUUCAGAGCUCUCGACCCCCCAGUCUCCUGACCCACCGCCAACACCUGACCCGCCAGCGCAGCCACAGUGCGGGGGAAGUCAGCCCACGGCGACUGGCGGGCGAGGAUUCUCGUCAUACUGGUCCUCCUGUCCUACCAAGACCUCCAAGCACCUUCACCUCAACAAACCGGGGCCAGUACCAAGACGUUGUCCCAGUGGCCUACAACGAUAAGAUCGUGGCUUUUCUCCGACAACCGAACAUCUUUGAAAUUUUACAGGAGAGACAGCCUGACUUCAGCCGGAACCACGUGCUCAGGGAGAAGGUCCAGCUGAUUCGUACUGAUGGAGUGUCAGGAGUGAACAGGUUGUCGGGAGAUGCUGACCUCGUCAUGCUGCUGAGCCUGUUUGAAGAUGAGGUCAUGUCCUACGUGCCUCCUCAUGCCUUACUUCACCCCAGCUACUGCCAGUCACCUCGGGGCUCCCCUGUUUCCUCCCCACAGAACUCACCCGGGACCCAGAGAGCGAAUGCCAGAGCCCCAGCACCCUACAAGAGAGACUUUGAGGCAAAACUGCGCAACUUCUACAGGAAACUAGAAACCAAAGGCUAUGGCCAAGGACCAGGGAAGCUAAAACUGAGCAUCCGGCGUGACCACCUUCUUGAAGAUGCUUUCAACCAGAUCAUGUGCUACUCCCGCAAAGACCUUCAGCGCAGCAAGUUCUACGUCAGCUUCGCGGGCGAGGAGGGGUUGGACUACAGUGGGCCUUCCAGGGAAUUCUUCUUCUUGGUUUCUAGAGAGCUGUUUAACCCUUAUUAUGGUCUGUUUGAAUAUUCUGCCAAUGACACCUACACUGUUCAGAUCAGCCCCAUGUCGGCCUUUGUAGACAAUCACCAUGAAUGGUUCCGCUUCAGUGGCCGCAUCCUGGGUCUGGCUCUGAUCCAUCAGUACCUUCUAGAUGCCUUCUUCACCAGACCCUUCUAUAAAGGCCUCCUGCGCAUUCCCUGUGACCUGAGUGACCUGGAGUAUCUGGAUGAGGAGUUCCACCAAUCCCUCCAGUGGAUGAAGGACAACGACAUAGAGGACAUGCUUGACCUCACCUUCACCGUCAACGAAGAGGUUUUUGGACAGAUAACAGAGAGGGAGCUGAAGCCUGGUGGAGGGAACAUCCCCGUCUCAGAGAAAAACAAGAAGGAGUACAUUGAACGAAUGGUGAAGUGGAGAAUAGAGAGAGGAGUGGUGCAGCAGACUGAGAGCCUGGUCAGAGGCUUCUACGAGGUGGUGGACGCCAGGCUGGUGUCUGUGUUCGACGCCAGGGAGCUGGAGCUGGUGAUCGCUGGAACCGCUGAGAUCGACUUAUCAGACUGGAGGAAAAACACAGAGUACAGAGGAGGUUACCAUGACAACCACAUAGUGAUCCGUUGGUUCUGGGCAGCAGUGGAGAGGUUCAACAACGAGCAGAGGCUGAGGCUCCUCCAGUUCGUAACCGGGACGUCCAGCAUUCCUUACGAGGGAUUUGCAUCUCUGAGAGGCAGCAACGGCCCGCGCAGGUUCUGUGUGGAGAAGUGGGGGAAAGUCACCUCGCUGCCCCGAGCUCACACCUGCUUCAACCGGCUGGACCUGCCUCCAUACCAGUCCUUCUCCAUGCUGUAUGAGAAGAUGCUGACCGCUGUGGAGGAGACCAGCACCUUUGGACUGGAAUGAGAUUGGCUGUUGAGAGGAGGCCAUCUUAGAUGAUAGAACAUGUAGCAUGACUUAUUUCUUCACUCAUAGAUGGCCUCCAGUGUCCAACAUCACUUGGUGUUCCUUUAGAGACGUUCCACCACUCAUUGGUUAAAGGGUAACAUGUGACUUUGGAGUCAGUGAUUCUCACGUAAAGCUCACUUCUGUCUGUUUAAGUUAUCAGAAUCUGUUUUGUUGCUCAUGAUUGUUCUUGGUCUAAACUGAACUUUUGAGAUGUUUCCCGUUUAACGUUUUCUGUUGCACUUUCACACAUUCCUCACCUACUGAGCAACGCACGCUUUGACCUGUGUGUGCACGACCCGCACUGCCUUCAUGACUGUCGUCGGACCCGACCAGUCAGGUCCACAUUAGCAGAACUCAGCAUUCGUCUUCUAGUCUGUGUGAAUGUGGACAGCAGGAAGCUUCAGGGAUUGCCUAGCAGUGCUCCCUCCAGUGGUCGGGUUUGGUAACUGCACAGACCUCCUGAGUUCAUUCAUGUUUGUGGGAUUUUUUUAACCUGGACUUAACCCACAGCUGGUCUUGGAGUCAGGUCAGAAGCUUUUGUAUUAAAUGACGAUAUUUUCAUCUACAGGAGGUGUUUUUUUAAAUGAUGUGGCCGUGACACGUUGUGACCUGAAUGUAACCAAACUUUGUGGUUUCGUUGCGUGGAGUGGGUUUUUCUGUACGAUCAGCCUCACCUCAGAAAAAACCAAAUCAUCACACUCGUGCUGAUUGGUCGAGAUUCGCUAUGUCAUUAUUAGCUUCAGCUUCGUUACACAAAUAAGAUCAAACCAUCAGGUUCCAUCAAACAGCGGAUGUGUGUUCAUGUCUGUUACCAUGACGACAGAUCGGGCAUGUUUAGAGUGAUGUCAUGGAAGGCGCCUGUGGGAGUAAUUGAAAUAUUAAUGAGAAUUAGUGCAUGGGUGAAAGUGGCUUUCUUCUGCACACUCGUGUAACCCAGCUGUGUGUGUGUGUGUGUGUGUGUGUGCGUGCGUGCGUGUGUGUGUGUGUGUGUCUGUGUGUGUGUGUGUGUGUCUGUGUGUGUGUGUGUGUGUGAGAGAGAGAGAGAGCACCGUUGCACCGCUCGUCUGAACGUGGAGGGGAGAUUGAUCUGAGAUUGUGUUCUUCAUAAAACCAUAACUUUUUUCUACAGGACUCCGUUUACAGAGUAGUCGGUUCUCCUCCAGCAGAGGCAGGUGUGUUGUUUCUGUUCGUCUUCUGUCACGUGACUUAACUUCAUUUGCAAAAACGUAUAACUCCCGUUUUAUAAAUUUAAAAACAUUUAAUUUUAUAAUUUAUUUCAGGUGAUUUCGGUCAAAAUAUAGUGGGGUGAUUUUGAUCAAAAUGGCUUUUAUCUGUUUUUGCAAAUGAAUUCUUCAUUCAGAAACUAAACUACACGGGAAAAUAAUCAGAUAAAUAUUUUUACGUGUGUUUAUCACUAAUUGAGGUUCAUUUGUCUCAAAAUGAUCAAAUUUCCACUUUUUCCUCAUAUUUCCAUCUUGGUUGUUCAGCUUCUCCAGCUGGACUGUCUUUAGCAGUCUUGUUCCUGCAGGGGGCGGAGCCUGCCACCAUGCAACCAAAGACAGUACACACUGCCAUCAGACAGAGUCGGCAUGAACACAUGAUUUCUAGGCCAUGUUUCUCCUGGUUUACACUUUACAAGAUUGAAUACUUUGUAAACGUUACGUUUCAGAUUCACUCCAACACGUUCCACUGACUGAAUGCACUACAAGAUGUCUGAUUAACCAGAAUGUACCAAAGUUUUGAGCUUCUGCCCCGCCCCCUCACUCUCCUGUACAGCGCACCAGACUUUAAAUAUGAAUGUUUAUUAACUCUUCUCUACUUUAAUAAAGUCAUCUCUGUAUGCAAA